CCAGCCCUCCUCCCUCAGACCCCGAGGUCAAGACCCCAGCCCUCCUCCUUUGACGACACCUCAUUUGUCCUCAGCUUUAUCAUCAACUUCAAGGUGGGGUCGUCAGGGGACAUAGCUCUCCACAUCAACCCUCGCAUGGGUGAGGGCGUGGUUCGCAACAGCUUUAUGAACGGCUCCUGGGGCUCCGAGGAGAGGAAGAUCGGCUACAACCCGUUUGGCCCCGGGCAGUUCUUUGAUCUGUCAAUCCGCUGCGGCACGGAUCGGUUCAAAGUGUUCGCCAACGGCCAGCACCUUUUUGACUACUCGCAUCGGUUCCAAGCGUUCCAGAGGAUAGACAUGCUGGAGAUCAAAGGUGACAUCACCUUGUCCUAUGUCCAGAUCUGAGCUCCUCCUGGGGAAGACGAGAGACCCCCUAGUUCUGUCUAAGCCCUAAUAAAAUG